AUGUCCGUUCAAAAAAUCAACAGCCAGGAAAGGCCGCUAGCACCUAUGUAUUCGCAUGCGGUGAAGAUCCCAGGCCUUGUCUUCUGCAGCGGACAAAUCCCUGCGGACAGCACAGGCAACGUGGUCCCAGGAGAUAUCAAAGUUCAAUGCCUCUCUAACUUGAGCGACGUAUUGAAAACGGCUGGUUCGUCAUGGGACAAAGUGGUGAAAGUGAACAUUUACCUCAAGAACAUGGGCGACUUCGCGGCCAUGAACGAGGAGUAUAUUAAGGCUCACCCUAAGCCGGCUCGUACAUGUAUCCAAGCUGGGGGACUACCUCUUGAUGUGGACAUCGAGAUCGAAGCGAUUGCUGCAGUUUGA